UAUUUAGUAUAGUGACUUUACAACAAAAUCUACAAAAAGCUAUGUUUUACUUUUUCUCUAGUGACGUCUAAAAGAGUAUCUCUUUCCCCUCAAAAAUCCAAAAAAGAUUAUAUCUUUCUGAAACACAAAAUGCAUUUACCUUUUAUAUAUCUAGUGGAUGCCAGGCCUUAAAACUUCUCCAACUGGACAGAUUCAUCUGAUGCUAAAAAAAAAUGCCACCCAAACAAUACAACUUAAGGUCUUCUCCAAAACCUAGGGAGCCAAUACAUGCAACAAGAUCACCUAAACCACAUGAAACUAUGCAGAAAAAUUAUUCCAAUGUUGAGUCUGAGGAAGAGAAUGGUACUGAUUUAGAGGAUGAAGAUAUGGAUAUAACUGAUUCAUCUUACAAGUCUCAUAAAUCAUCAGUCAAUAGGAGCUUAAAUUCAUCAAAAGAACAUACCCCUGAAAAAGCUAGAAAGACACCGCAAAAUAGACAGUAUAAAAGUGGAGAUAAGCAAGAUGAUCAUGAGCAAGACACACCAGAUUCUAUCAAAAAACAAAAACUGGAAAGACCGAUAAAUAAAGUAAAAUCAGAAAAGAGUAAUAAUACAUAUUGUGGAUCUUAUUUUCUUUUUGUUGCUUGUUUUUUGGCACUUGUAGGUGUUAUAUGUUUUCACAUAUCAGAUGAAACUUCAACACCACCAGAUAAUCGUAAUUUACUGGAAAAAUUUAAUGCCGAUAUGAAAGACUUUCAGUCAAUGUUUCCAGCACAGAGUAGAAGGUUUUUAAAAAUAAUAAGAGUCAGUCUCAAAAGGAUUAUAGUAGAAAAUAAUCCGGAUUAUCCUGCUAUAUUAUUAUUGGUGGCUCCAUCUGGUUCUAAAUCAUCAGCAACUGGUACAUGUAUAGCUAAACAGUUAACCAAAAAUAUGAAUACAUUGUUUAAUGUGACCUCUGCCAGGGUAAUAAAUAUUCCAAAUGAUAUAAGACAUAACAAUCCAGAUGAUGAAAAGAAAGAUUUAGACAAUAAGAUUAAAGAUAGUUUUCAGCACGAACAUAUUAGGAGUCUAGCAGUUGAUCACUUUGAACAGCUUUCUCCUAGAGCUUCGCUUCUCUUUCAUGGUUACUGCGAUGGUGACAAUGCUCCCUUUAAAAAUGUAGCUAUAGUAUUUAUACUUCAUACAGAGUUAGAUAAGGAUGUACUUCAGCAAGAUUCCAGAUUAAUUGAUGACCACUUGAGAAAGUUGUGGUCCAGUUCUGAAUAUCCAUUAGAUCAAGAUAAAAUUGAUCCGUUGAUAGCCAGAGUCGCUAAUAAUGCUGCAGUGAUAACAGAAGAAGAAAAUUUGAAAUGUUAGUAAUUGAAAAACUUACUGUUUAAACUAAUUUGGAGACCAAGGCAUCACCUGUCUAAUUAGUCAUUAUUUAUUUGCACAAAACACAUCUUUGCAAGCCAAGGAUUACGAUCUGCUCCUCUUGAGCUCCCCUUGGCUAGCAAAGAUGACAAAACAAUACCGUAGGGGUAUUUAUUUGCCUAAAAAUUUAAAAUUAAAUGGCAAAGGAGAAUACAUGUAAAUACAUAAGUAAAUAUUAUAAUACUAAAUAUUAAUUAUUCAUUAUUAAUUUGCAAAUGUAAUUUUUAUACGCCCGUUUACGGGACGUAUUAUGGUAUACCGUUGACCGUCUGUCCAUCCGUCUGUCGUACCGUCUGUCCAUCCGUCCGUCAUCAACAUGUCGGACAUUAACUCAAAAAUGCUUUACCCAAUUUGCAUAAAACUUUGGUGAAUUGUAUAUAUCUAUUGAUGUAAGCUCCCUUUCGUUUUUCAUAAAUUUUAGAUUUUACGUUUCAGAGAAAUGGGGUUUUAUUCAUUAUAAAAAGGGGGGGGUUUCCAGUUUUCGGACAAUAACUAAAAAAUGCUUUCUCCAAUUUGCAAGAAACUUUGGUCAAUUGUUUUUAUCUUUUGACAUAAGCUCCCUUUCGAUUUUUAUAAAUUUUAGAUUUUACGCUUUGGAGUUAUAGGGUUUUAUUCAUUAAAAAAAGGGGGAUUUUCCAGUUUUCGGACAAUAACUCAAAAAUGCUUUCAGCAGUUCUCAUGAAACCUCGGUAAAAUGUUUAUAUCUAUUGAUGUAAGCUCCCUUUUGAUUUAUAUAAAUUUAGAUUUUUCGUUUCCAAGUUAUGGAGUUUUAUUCAUUAAAAAAAGGGGGAUUUUCCAGUUUUCGGACAAUAACUCAAAAAUGCUUUCAGCAGUUCUCAUGAAACCUUGGUGAAUUAUUGUUUAUAUCUAUUGAUGUAAGCUCCCUUUUGAUUUUUAUAAAUUUUAGAUUUUUCGUUUCCGAGUUAUGGGGUUUUAUUCAUUAAAAAAAGGGGGAUUUUCCAGUUUUCUGACAAUAACUAAAAAAUGCUUUCAGCAGUUCUCAUGAAACUUUGGUGAAUUGUUUAUAUCUAUUGAUGUAAGCUGCAUUUUGAUUUUUAUAAAUUUUAGAUUUUACGUUUCCGAGUUAUGGGGUUUUAUUCAUUAAAAAAAGGGGGAUUUUCCAGUUUUUUGACAAUACCUUUAAAGUGCUUUGAGCAGUUCUCAUGAAACUUUGGUGAAUUGUUUAUAUCUAUUGAUGUAAGCUGCCUUUUGAUAUUUAUGAAUUUUAGAUUUUAUGUUUUUCCGAGUUAUGGGGUUUUAUUCAUUAAAAAAAGGGGGAUUUUCCAGUUUUUUGACAAUACCUUUAAAGUGCUUUGAGCAGUUUUCAUUAAACUUUUGUGCCAGGUUUAUAUCUAUUAAGAUAACCUCCCUUUAUUUGUUUAUAGUCUGACAACAGAUUUACUAAGUAUUGCGCAACAGCACAAUGUAUUGCACAACAGCAAGAAAUCUUUAAUUGGAUAUAAAUUCAAUUCAUUUAACCAAUUUCAAGUUCUUUGACUACAUUUAUUCAGAAACCUAUAAUAUGUCAAAUAUUUAAUUACAAUCCAAAUUCAGACCUGUAUCAAGCUUGAAUAGUGUGUCCAUUUUUGCCCCAACUGUUCAGGGUUGGACCUCUGCAGGCUUAUCCAGCUGCGCUCAGCGAAGCAGUUUUUUCGUUCCCUGUAACAGCUAGUUCUUGCAAAUGUAAUACUUGCGAUUUCAAUCCAGUGGCAGCAACAAUGAUGAUGUAACAGUAUUGGAAUUGGUAUACUGCCUUCAGAGUUUUAAAAGGUAGAAAAGCUCAAUAGCCCAAAUCUGAUAAUAAGAAGUUUCUGUCUUGGUUUUGUCCAUUUCUUUGAUCUCUUUUCUAAUGGGUAAAUGACUGCAAUUUUUUUGUUGAAUAUAUGAUCUUUUAAUUGAAAUGCUUUUUCUAAAUAGCCCUGGUGUUAAAUAUAUUCAGUGUAAAUUAGUAAUAAAAUCUUUCAAAUAAAGAAAUGAUAUAGAAGCUUAGCUUAUAUUGAAUAAUUUAUAUAUCAUUAUUCUAAUUGUUAAUACAUGUAUGUUAUGUUUAUAUAUAUUGUCAUUAUAAUUUCUUCUGUUUCAAUUUACAUGGUUUAAAAAUUAAAAAGAAUUGUUGCCAUA